UGCCCGGCAACGGGGGGCGGGGUGGUGUCUCGUCCCGCGCGUGCGCUGUUGGCUCUCCGCCGCGGAAGCGGAAGUGACGUGUGCGAGGUGAAAGGUCGCCGGAGCGCCGGGCCCUUCCUUUUCCUGUCUGGGCGCCAUCGGCGGCGGAGCCUCGAGAUGGGGAAGUUCAUGAAGCCGGGGAAGGUGGUGCUGGUGCUGGCCGGCCGCUACUCGGGGCGCAAGGCCGUCAUCGUGAAGAACAUCGACGACGGCACGUCGGACCGGCCCUACAGCCACGCGCUGGUGGCCGGCAUCGACCGCUACCCACGCAAGGUGACCGCUGCCAUGGGCAAGAAGAAGAUCGCCAAGAGGUCCAAGAUCAAGUCCUUCGUGAAGGUGUACAACUACAACCACCUGAUGCCCACCAGGUAUUCCGUUGAUAUUCCUCUGGACAAAACAGUUGUCAACAAGGAUGUGUUCAGGGACCCCGCACUAAAACGCAAAGCAAGGCGUGAAGCUAAGGUGAAAUUUGAGGAAAGAUACAAGACCGGCAAGAAUAAGUGGUUCUUCCAGAAGCUACGAUUCUAAAUUUGUUUCAAGGCUGCAUCAAUAAAUGUUUACUUAAAAACC